AUGCCACUUUCACAAAGUAAAGAUGAUCAGGCUCAAGCAAGUGGUUGCACAAUAAGUCGUAACGAAUUCUUCGAAGGUGACGAUACCUUGAAGACCGCUUGCUCGCACCAGUUUCACCGAAUAUGUUUAUUGGACUGGUUAAAGCACAGCUCCACAUGUCCCCAGUGUAGAGCUAGAUGCAACAGUAGAGACCUUCCUCGCUCUGGUCGUCUAACUAGAGCACAGAUUACAUCUAAGACUACUAGCGAUAACCCCCAGCCUUUAACAAAUUUACAAAAGGAUAACUCGGGUAUAGCAGGAGCCACCUGUUUGCCAUUAGAAUCACCAGUUCGAGAACAGAACUCCAAUGUAAACCCUAAUACGAAUAACAUCGAUGAAGAGGCCCGUCUACGAAAUCUUGUUGGGGCAGUCAUUUCGGCAAGGCAGGCAACAAUGUUCGAGAAUUUGGAGCAAACAUUAGCAAAUGCGUUGGGUAGAUUGAACCUGAAUGCCGUUCCGAAUAUAAUAGCUCAAGCUGCGGUACCACAACCAGCAGCUACCGUAAAUACUGGGCAGAAUCUGAAUACGCCUAGACCAGAUCGACACAGUCAAUUCAACUCCUCUUUGGGCCCGUGA